AUGUCUUUCGCACGAGAGUGCAAUUUGGCUACGCGUAGCGCACAGGCAACAAAUAGCGAUUGCCUCUCUGGGGUCGCUCCGCCCGUUUUCGACGCCUCCCAGCCGCCAGGCAGCGCAUCGGCCCUUGACAUGCAGCAGAGCGCCGAUGAGGCAUCGAGCCUCCAAUCCUCAAUGGAGGGCCCCUCUCGGCGCUAUUUAGGGAGUGUGCUGCACCGUCAAGAACGGAGGACGGCGAGCGGAGGUACCCCUGCCGAUUCAGGAAGCCGCUCGCUGUCGGAUAUAUGGACUGGCGCAGCCUCGUGGUUGGGGGCUUCUCUAAGCGAGGGGCACCUGGGGACGAGCGCUGGAAGUUUCGCUCGGGGAAGCGCCUCCUUGACUCCUGAGGGGGGCCUUGGAAUACGGUGGUUCGUGUCUGGCUGGAGAAGGGGUUCAGUUCCCUCCAACAAGUUCACCGUACAGCCCUUCGCUGUAGCGCAACAGGCUACCCUCGUGGAUCCAAAAUCGUGUCCUUUCUGCGCGGAACGCAGAGCAGCCGUCAGAUUUCUGCGGGAGGAGGCAACGCGCCUCACUGAGGAGCUGCGGGAACUCACCGACGCCACGCAUCCGAGCCUAAGAGAGAGCCUCCAGGCGUACCAGGAGCAGGAUCCCGCUUCUGGUACGCUUGUGGGGGGCGAAAAGGGGCCUCUUGGGGGCCCUCACAGGGUUCUUAGUGCUGCUGCUGCUGCGCUUUCUGCUGCUGCCUCCACAGCGGCUUCUGCUGCCGCUGGCGCUCUCUCGGGUGCUCGAGAGGGCGUUUCCUGCGGAGCAAAUCCACAGCAGUGGGACGUGGACGAACUUUUGCCGGGGAGUAGUGUCACCUGGGGUGUUCAAGGAGAAAAAAAGUCUGAAAAAACUGCCUCGGUGAAGAGCUCGGGUGCAGUGUUACGACGAGGCCAGGUCAGAGGGGGGGCCUCCGUGGGGCCCCUCAGCAGCGCAGGGGUUGCACCAGCUCGUGCGGCGUCAGGAGUCUAUCGGGAGGAGGGGGCUUCUUGGCUUGCGGGGGGGGGACGGUUCCUUAGCGUCUCGAGCCAUGGGGCCUCCAUGUCAGACGCUUUGGAGGGGAGCGUCUCCUCCGCAGCGGCAGCCGCGCCAGCUGUAGGGUCCGUCGCGUUGGGGAAGGAGGUUCUCUGUAGGGAGUGCGAAAGUACGGCAGCGGCAGUGUCAACUUGGAGGCAGGAGGUGGCCCUUCGAGAUAAGCGUUGUCUCCUUGCGAUUGCUUUUAAUGCCCAGUGCGCGGAUGAGGUAGAGGCUCUCCUUGUCUCCUCGUACGAAACACGUACCAGCAGCCCCCCCAGAGCACGAGCCUGCAGCCCUGCUACUCACGGGGGGCCCCCUGCUGGCCGUCACGGCGCGGCGCCUGCAGCACCAGAAGCAGCAGGUGGAGCAGCAAAAGGGGCACUAGCUGUUCGCCUGUGUGCCAACUGCGGGAAUCGUAUUCUGACUUUUGUUUAA